AUGUCUAACGCCAACGCCUUCCUCUCCGCCAUCGAGUCCCGCCGCACCUACUACCAAAUCACCCCCGAAUCUACCAUCCCCGACUCCCGCAUCCAGGAGAUCGUCUCCCACGCCGUGAAGCACGUCCCCUCCUCCUUCAACUCCCAGUCUUCCCGCGUCGUCGUCCUCCUCAAGGACGAGCACAAGAAAGUCUGGGACUUCACCAAGGAUGUCUUGAAGUCCAUUGUUCCCGAGGACCAGUUCCCUGCGACUGAGCAGAGGAUCAAUGGUUUCCAGAAUGGAUAUGGAACGAUCUUGUUCUUUGAGGAUCAGAUUCCUGUGCAGGAGUUGCAGAAGAACUUGCCUACCUACGCUGAUCGCUUCCCUACUUGGGCUCAGCACACCUCUGGUAUGCUCCAACUCACCAUUUGGACCGCCCUCGAGCAGGAAGGCCUCGGUGCCUCCCUCCAGCACUACAACCCCCUCAUCGACGAGAAGAUCAAGGGCGAGUGGGGUAUCCCCGAGCUCUGGUCCCUCGUUGCUCAGAUGCCCUUCGGUAAGCCCGGAGGUGAGCCUGGACCCAAGGAGUACCAGCCUGUGGAGGAGCGUGUCAAGGUUUUCGGAAACUAG